AUGAUGCUAUUGUUAUAUUUUUUCACAUUAAUCAAUUUUUUGAUAGCAUUCACCAAUGCUAAUAAAAUUAAAUUAUCUGAUAAUUCAUACAGAGUAUGCUCUGGUAUGUAUUCUAAAGAAGAUUAUGGUGGUAAAGUUGAUCCAUUUAUUUCAUUUAAUUUGAAAGAAAUUAGCGAUUUAGCUGCCGGAGAUCCAGGAUUAGUAGUUGCUAUAUUCGAUUUCCAAGAUUAUGAACAUUUAGGUGUUCGAUUACCAGAUGGUGAAUAUUACUAUAUUUGUGAUGAUUAUGCUAUUGACAUGAAAUUAUGUAAUGCAACAAACAAAAAUCAGUUCAUUAUUCAAGACGUAGUGUAUGAUCCAUACACAUCUAAAAACAGAACUAUAGUACAUCAAAUUAUGAACUUCUCACAAAGUUCAUUAGGCUUACACGAAACUAAAUAUCCAAUAACUAAAACUGGUUACUACUGUGUCACAGCAUUUACAUACAGUUCUACAACUAAAUUUAAUGCUGUUGUUAAUUUUAGAAAUGCUUUUGGUCAUCUACCAGCUGCAGAGAUUAAUAAAUUACCUCUUUAUGGUUUAUUAGGUGUUUGCUAUGUCAUUGCAAUGUCUUUGUAUUCUUUCUCGUUUUGGAAACAUAAACAUGAAAUAUUACCAUUACAAAGAUAUUUAUUAGCUUUCUUUUUCUUCCUCACAUUAGAAUCUAUUUUCACUUGGGCUUAUUACGAUAUUAAGAACGAAAAAGGUUUAACUGCAGGUGUCACUGUAUAUAUGGUAUUCUUGUCCAUUUUAACAGCAGGUAAAGUAACCUUUUCAUUCUUCUUAUUAUUAAUUGUUGGUUUAGGCUAUGGUAUUGUUUUCCCUAAAUUAAACAAAACUUUAAUGAGAAGAUGUCAAUUAUUUGCAGCACUUACUUUCAGUUUAACUACUGCAAAUUUCAUUCAAAAUUAUUUGUCUGAUCCAGAAAGCACAUCUCCACUAAUAUUGAUUACAUUUAUUCCAAUGGGACUUUCAUUUUUUGUAUUUUACUACAUGGUAUUAAGAUCUAUGUCUAAUACAAUUGGUUACUUAAAAGAACAAAGACAAGUUGUUAAGUUAAACAUGUACAAGAAAUUAAUUGCAAUUAUUUAUGCAUCAUUAAUGUUAGUAUUGGUUGGUACCGCAUUUUCCUCAUUCUUCUUCAUUGGUCAUAAUACCAUUGACAUGAUUGAACAACACUGGAGAACUAAAUUUUUCUACACUGAUUUCUGGCCAACACUGGUCUACUUUGGUGUCUUUGUUACACUAGCGUUCAUUUGGAGACCAACUUCUACCUCAUAUAUGUUAGCAUCUUCUCAACAAUUACCAACUGAUCCAAGUAAUGUAGCUGAUUUUGAUUUAGAUGAUCUUCAAUCACUAGGGGAAGUUAUCGAAUCUCCAAGGAAUAAUGGAAACCCUGAUGACCUGGAUUUAGAUUUUACAGAUGAUGAGGAGCAAAAUGAUCAUACAAAGACAAAUAGUGCUGAACAUCAAACCACAGAUGGUAUUACAUCUCCAAAAUAA